GAAGGAUGUCAGUUUAUUGCCGAGAAUAGAGAAGCCAAAUCCACACGGGUAUAGUCGAAUGCAAUUGUUUGUCCGUUUCCAAGUGGAAGAGUUUGCAUGGAAGAAGUGGGGAGGGCCAGACAAAUUGGAUGAGGAGUGGGAAAGAAGAGAACAGCAAAGAAUAAAGAGACGCGACAAGAAGUACCAAGACUCCUUGCGCGAAAUGAGGAAACGAACCAGGGCCGAAGAAUACACUAGAAAGUUGAGGAACGGCCAAGGCUUGGGCGAAAGACAUGUCCAUGAUUGGUCAGCUCCAGUUAGCAUUGGAGACAACACGGUGAAGCGAAGAUGCGUUGAUUGUGGUAUAGAGACCGAAGAAGUCAUUAUAUGAUAUACACUUUGGUAGAACUAGAUAGAAAGCCGUAGGAUCGAUACCAGGUCGUGUACCCUGUUCACUAUUAAAUUUCAUUGUUCGUCGAAAUUUCCCAUGGAAGCUUAUGGAAAAUUCGAGGGGCCAAAAAAAAAGUUUGCAACAAAUUUUGUUACGGACGUUAGUGAAAAAAAAAUUAAGUAUAUAAAACACCCACGUCUCCCGGUUUUAUCUUUUUCUAAUUGCUCUCGUUUUUUUACUGAUUAACUUUCAAUUAUACAUCAAAAAUGUCUGACGCUAAGGUUGAAACUCAUGAAUUCACUGCUGAGAUCUCUCAGUUGAUGUCUUUAAUCAUUAACACCGUUUAUUCUAACAAGGAAAUCUUCUUGAGAGAAUUGAUCUCCAACGCUUCUGAUGCUUUGGACAAGAUCAGAUACGAAGCUUUAUCCGAUCCAUCCAAGUUGGAAUCUGAACCAGAAUUAUUUAUUAGAAUCACCCCAAAGCCAGAACAAAAGGUUUUGGAAAUUAGAGAUUCUGGUAUCGGUAUGACCAAGGCUGACUUGGUCAACAACUUGGGUACUAUUGCCAAGUCUGGUACCAAGUCCUUUAUGGAAGCUUUGUCCGCCGGUGCCGAUGUCUCCAUGAUCGGUCAAUUCGGUGUUGGUUUCUACUCCCUUUUCUUGGUUGCCGAUCACGUUCAAGUCAUCUCCAAGCACAACGACGAUGAACAAUAUGUUUGGGAAUCUAACGCUGGUGGUAAGUUCACCGUCACCUUGGAUGAAACCAACGAAAAGUUGGGCCGUGGUACCGUUUUAAGAUUGUUCUUGAAGGAAGAUCAAUUAGAGUACUUGGAAGAAAAGAGAAUUAAGGAAGUUGUCAAGAAGCACUCCGAAUUCGUUGCCUACCCAAUUCAAUUAGUUGUCACCAAGGAAGUUGAAAAGGAAGUCCCAGUUGAAGAAGAAGAAGAAGAAAAGACUGAAGAAGGUGAAGACAAGAAGCCAAAGUUGGAAGAAGUUGACGACGAAGAAGAAGGUGAAAAGAAGGAAAAGACCAAGAAGGUCAAGGAACAAGUUACCGAAACUGAAGAAUUGAACAAGACCAAGCCUUUGUGGACCAGAAACCCAACUGAUAUUACCCAAGAAGAAUACAAUGCUUUCUACAAGUCUAUUUCUAACGACUGGGAAGACCCAUUGGCUGUCAAGCACUUUUCUGUUGAAGGUCAAUUAGAAUUCAGAGCUAUUUUGUUUGUUCCAAAGAGAGCUCCAUUUGAUGCUUUUGAAUCCAAGAAGAAGAAGAACAACAUUAAGUUGUAUGUUCGUCGUGUUUUCAUUACCGAUGAUGCCGAAGAAUUGAUUCCUGAAUGGUUGGGUUUCGUUAAGGGUGUUGUUGAUUCUGAAGAUUUGCCAUUGAACUUGUCCAGAGAAAUGUUGCAACAAAAUAAGAUCUUGAAGGUUAUUAGAAAGAACAUUGUCAAGAAGUUGAUUGAAACCUUCAACGAAAUUGCUGAAGACCAAGAACAAUUUGACAAGUUUUACACUGCUUUCUCCAAGAACAUCAAGUUGGGUAUUCACGAAGAUCAACAAAACAGAAAUGCCUUGGCUAAAUUGUUGAGAUACAACUCUACCAAGUCUAGUGAAGAAUUGACUUCUUUAUCUGACUAUGUCACUAGAAUGCAACCUCACCAAAAGAACAUUUACUAUAUUACUGGUGAAUCCAUCAAGGCUGUUGAAAAGUCUCCAUUCUUGGAUGCUUUGAAGGCUAAGAACUUUGAAGUUUUGUUCAUGGUUGACCCAAUUGAUGAAUAUGCCAUGACUCAAUUGAAGGAAUUUGAAGACAAGAAGUUGGUUGAUAUCACCAAGGAUUUCGAGUUGGAAGAAACCGACGAAGAAAAGGCUGAACGUGAAAAGGAAGUUGCUGAAUUUGAACCAUUGACCAAGGCCUUGAAGGAAAUCUUGGGUGAACAAGUUGAAAAGGUUGUUGUUUCCUACAAGUUGGUUGAUGCUCCAGCUGCCAUUAGAACUGGUCAAUUUGGUUGGUCUGCCAAUAUGGAAAGAAUCAUGAAGGCUCAAGCUUUAAGAGACACCACCAUGUCCUCUUACAUGUCUUCUAAGAAGACUUUUGAAAUUUCUCCAAAGUCUCCAAUUAUCAAGGAAUUGAAGAGAAAGGUUGAAGUUGAUGGUGCUGAAGACAAGACUGUCAAGGAUUUGACUACUUUGUUGUUUGACACUGCUUUGUUGACCUCUGGUUUCUCUUUGGAUGAACCAUCCAACUUUGCUCACAGAAUCAACCGUUUGAUUGCCUUGGGUUUAAACAUUGAUGAUGAUACUGAAGAAACUGCCAUUGAAGAAAUUGGUGGUACUACUACUGAAACCACUACUGAAGAACCAGCUGGUGAAUCUGUUAUGGAAGAAGUUGAUUAGAUGAAGUAAUGAUCUAGAAAAAGCUUAGUAUAUAUUUAUAAAAAGAGGUAGCUAGUCUUAAUGUAAUACUGUGUAUUUAGAGUUUGUUUUCUAUUUGGGGUGGUGUAAGAUGAUGAUGUCUUUAUCCUAUCUAGGUAAUAAUCUACCACGUGAUAUGUCAAAUCGUCAAACGGUCAAGUACAAUAACUGUCAUUGUUGGGGUGGGACAUCUGGGGCAGAUCUAUGGGAGAUUAUAUAUAGAGGAGCUUAAGAGUAAGUAGUAACAGUAUCGUCAUCGCUAUAUCACCUAGUAACAAACAUAAAACUUUAAUCACAUGCGUUUCAUGGGUCUGUUAAACUAGCAC